CUAGCGCCGCGCUGGGAACACUGCUGUGGGAGGCGCCCUGUUCGGUCGGUGCCGUAUAACCAGGGCAUAUUGACCGUCUGACACAUUGCCACCUGUUACUGUGCACGAAGAAUGGAGUCUAAGGUCCUCAGAAAGGUGAUCUCCACCCCCAAGGCCCCGGCUGCUGUAUGGGCGUACAGCCAGUCAGUACAGGCAGGCAAUACCCUCUACAUCUCUGGUCAACUGGGCCUGGACACAGCCACCCUGGCACUAGUGAGUGAGGAUGUGGUGGAGCAAACCCGGGCGGCCCUCACCAACAUUGGCCACAUCCUGGAGGCUGCUGGCUGCACAUACAAGCAUGUGGUGAAGACAACUGUACUACUAGCUGACAUUAAUGACUUUGCCAAGGUCAAUGAAGAAUACUCCAAAUUUUUUACGGAGUCCAAACCUGCCCGAGCAGCAUACCAGGUGGCCAACCUGCCUAAGGCUGGACGGGUGGAGAUUGAGGCCAUAGCAAUAGUAGGAGAGCUGGAUCAGCAGUAAGAACAUCCAGGACCAGUCAUCUCAACAGUCUUCCACCAUUGCCAACAAAUUACUGUAUUAUUAUCAUUUUCUUAAUGAAAUAAUUAAAAUAACUUUUUUUACAACCGAGUGACAAUUGUAAAUUUAUUUGUUUAAGCUAUUAAAAAAAAAUGUAACAUAUAUGUAAACUGACACUUUCAUGGGUAAUUCAAUACAAGUAUAUAUCAUUAAGUUGAGAUGUGGAUACACACUCUUAAUAUCAUACAUUCUGCUAGCAGCAGAUGCAGUCUUAUUGACAAGGAGGAUAAAGGCAAAAAGAUACUAAGUCCAAACCCACAAGUAGUGUUGGCAUUGGCUGUGAUAUUUUGUAUACCUUGUGGGUGCAGAAAUUUAAAAAAAUGGGUUACAGUGUGUUAAUUGACAAUGGUAUUGGCUGUGAUAUUUUGUAUACCUUGUGGGUGCAGAAAUUUUAAAAAUUGGGUUACAGUAUGUUAACUGACAAUGGUCAGUACCCACCAGUACAAUGCAUAGCUAAUAAUUAUUAACAACUGUAUUCAUCAAGAGAUUCAUUUAAUAGAAGAUUCAUCCACCACUUUGAAAAAUCUUAGUCUAUUUGUAUUUUUAGUGUAAAAUUGUAUAUAUGCUGUCAGUAGAAUUGAUACCAUUGAAAUACCUCAUCUCAUAGUUGUGAUAGCAUGAAACACUCCAGUAACUUGGGAACAAACUAUGCCAGUUAAGUAAUAACAAAGCUUCUACCAAUGUUUUAUAGUAUUUCAAAACCCUUGAUGUAGUUUAAUACAAAUGUCAUAGCUGUGCAGUAUUUUAUGUAUGUGUUGGUGUACUCUUAAUUUUCUUUGAUUUUUGUGUUUCUUGGUAUACACACAUCUAGUGACAAGGUUUUUCUUUCUUUGAGCUGCUAUGGGUACCCAGUGCUGUGUGUACUACUUAAUAAGAGUGUUAAAGGAUAGAGUCAUUCAGUGGAGCAAAAAUAAAUGUUUUCUAUUAAA